UUCGUUUUUAAUUUGUGUAUCGCGGCCUCUGCCUCGCUCUGCUCUCAAUCAAGUCACCCGCGCCUUCGAAUCCGACGCAGCGUCGGCGACGCUCCCCCCGCCCCACCUCCGCCCUCCGCCUCCUUGAAUGCCUAAUUAAACAGCCCGCCGCUCCUCCCCUGUCGGCCGGUCUUCCUCCUCCAGUCGGCAGUCGCACCCUCAGACGCCUUAGAAUCUCAGAUUGUAGUUGUUGGGAUUUGACAAAAGAUAAGAGGUAUUGUUUGGGAACACAUUGUGUUGUUGUGAGAGAAAAGUGAAGGACAUGGAAGAGCAGUUUAUACUGAGAGUGCCACCAGCUGUUGCCGAAAGAAUUGAGCGGCUCUUAAAUGAUUCAUCUGCUUCUUCUGAAGACAAGAACUUGGAUAUGGUGUUUUCUGAGGAUGGAAGGACUGGUACAUUUGUUAUAGGAAAUGACCGCUUCUCUUCUUCCCUCUUGGAUCUUCCCUCUGUUGUAGAGUCAUACAAGACUUAUGAUGACAAUGUGUUGAUUAAAACUGCAGACAUUGGUCAAAUGAUAAUGGUUAGGGAGGAGAGUGACGGUGUCCCCGAAGCAGUGGAGUAUAGACAUGGACUUACUCCACCCAUGAGGGAUGCUCGAAGGCGAAGAUUUCGCCGGGAGCCAGAUUUAAAUCCCGAGGUUGUCCGUCGUGUAGAGAAAGAUUUGCAGAACAUCAUGGCUGGUGGAACAGCGGAGAAUAUUGGUGUUGAAAUGGUUGAGCCCGGGGAAUAUGGCGAUGAACAUGCUCGCAAUGCGAAUAAGCAAGUGGCAUCUACACCUUUAGCAAAGCCUGAUGCGCCUGAAGCUGAAACGGUUGGUGGGGAGCCUGAUGGGAGUGAUUCUGAUGAGACUGAUGAUUCUAUGUGAACCAAAAGCCUGAAAAUCUGGAUACAUGAAUGGGGAAAAUACUAUUGGCUUAUUGAAUUAGUGAUGGGAUGGAAUUAUGCCUGCUAUGUCUCCUUUGCGAAAAAUUCUGUGCCGACACCGGCAGCACAAGGUUCUAAUAGGUGCUUUGUGGUUUCUUCUGAAGCUUUGAUGACCAGUAGCAUUAUAAACUCUAGUAACCUUUGUAAAUUCAUCUUUAUUGUAACACUGAAUAGCACAGCUAUGGGCUUUUCUUAAUAUAUAUGAGAAACAAGAGUUAUGCA